UAUGUAUACAGUAUACAUGUCUGGUUCUAAGAAUCUCCUAGUAUUUGGCGCCCUUAAUUCCACGCCACGAAUCAAGUUCUCUUCUCUCCCAUGCAAAUGAAGUGAAAAGUGAAAAAGCCCUAGAAAAAGGCCAAUCUCUCUCUCACACACACACGCACGCUAUCACACACCAUAUCAAUCCAUAACCGUCUGUUCUUUCUUCAAACUGCUCCACACCUUCUGAAUUGUGAACCUAACCUAUUCAUCAAAUUCAUUCUCACUAUUCCUAAUUCUAUAAGCUUAACAAAGCAUCAAACAUAACCGAUUCUUCAAACAGAGAUUUAAUUUUAAAGUGCUAAUCUCGGUUUAUAUAUAUGGCGAGAGAGUUUUAGAGAGAGAAAGAGGGGAAUGGUGAGCUCGCGGCAGGGUCGUCCGUCAUGGUUGAGUGCAGCAGCUUCAAGAGUUGAAAACGCUUCGCCUGUGUCCGAGACGAAAUUGAAAGGGGGCAGCGACGACUCUCCAACCCAAUCUCAUCAUUCUAAGGCUUCAUCGGAUUUCAAAUUGGGUUUCGGAGAGAGGGCAUUUUCUGCCGCUGGUGCUGCGAUUCUCUCGGCGGUCCUUGUUAAUCCUCUCGAUGUUGCCAAGACAAGGUUGCAAGCACAGGCUGUUGGCGUUCCUUAUAGCAGUUUAUGUGGUACGGCAUGUUUUGAAACAAACACGAUGCUUCCAGAUAUGAGAUGUUGUCCACACAGAACUGCAGUUUUUGGUACUGAACCAGCAGUAAGCUUUUCAAACUGUUCUCGAUAUAAAGGCACGCUGGAUGUCUUCGACAAAGUAAUACGUCAGGAAGGAUUUACAAAACUCUGGAGGGGCACAAAUGCAAGUUUAGCGUUGGCCGUGCCAACAGUGGGGAUCUACUUGCCUUGUUAUGACAUUUUCCGCAACUGGAUGGAAGAAUUCACAUCCCAGAAUACUCCAAAAUUGACACCAUAUGUUCCCUUAGUUGCCGGCUCAGUGGCACGCUCAUUGGCUUGUAUCACAUGUUAUCCUGUUGAACUUGCAAGAACUCGGAUGCAGGCAUUUAAAGAGAUUCAAACUGGUGAGAAACCUCCAGGAGUAUGGAAGACGUUGUCGGGGGUCAUCUCCCCAGUUAGAAGCACAAACAACCUUCAAAAUUUACAAAGCUACCGCAUCUUGUGGACCGGCCUUGGAGCACAACUUGUUCGUGACGUCCCAUUCUCUGCAAUCUGCUGGUCAACCCUUGAGCCGGUCAGGAGAAGAAUUUUACGUUGGGUGGGUGAUGAAACAAGCGCAGCCAAUGUCGUCGGUGCAAACUUCUGUGCUGGAUUUUUUGCAGGAAUCACUGCAGCAGCUGCAACAUGUCCUUUAGAUGUUGCGAAAACUCGGCGGCAAAUUGAGAAGGACCCAGCCCGAGCAUUGAAGAUGACCACAAAACAGACCUUGAUCGAAAUUUGGAGGGAUGGAGGAAUAAAAGGGCUCUUUACAGGAGUUGUUCCCCGUGUUGGUCGUGCUGGCCCUUCGGUCGGGAUUGUUGUCUCCUUUUAUGAAGUCGUCAAGUACGCCAUACAUUACAGAAACUCAAAACAAUGAUAAAAACAGAAGAUGAUCAUCACAGUUGGAAAUCUCGUGCCCUGCGCAGCACUCUGGGGAAAACUAUUUUUUGGACAAUUGUGAAUAUCAACAAUCUCAAAGAUAGACAGACAUACCAUUUUGCAGUUCCUAUUCAGCAAAAUUUGGAUUCACAAGGCCAAAGUCGGCAUAUUGCCUCAGUUCAGAUAUUUGAAGACACUAAAUCAUUGCAAUUCAAUCCGGGUCCGCACCGCCAAUCUGAUUCGGUUGCUGAGAUUAAAUUUAAGUUUUCACGACAGAUGACCAGAAAUCUAGAAACUACCCCCCUGAUAAAUAGAAAUCAAACCCAAGUAUUUUUUACUUUGUUUUUGUCAUUGCAUACUUAACAACAUGCAUGUGGUUUUCUUGGCUCUAAUGUUAUGGCUUCGUUUGGUUAGGUGGAAUCAACUAGAAAAGAAAAGAAAGAGAAAAUUUUAAAAUUUUUUUGGAGUUUGGAUAGAAGGAAAAAGAAAAGAAAGAGAAAAUUUGGUUUCCCACAUCUGUCUAUUUGUCCCCAAAAAUUUUCACGAAAAUAUUAUUUUCCCGUGAGAGGAGUCCAUUUUAUUUGACUUUCAUAUUUUAUCUAA